CAGCAAACCUGGGUGCGUCCGUCAGGUUGGAGAGCGAAGUCAGUGUCCGCGAAUGAGCGCCUUUGCUUCGUUGGAGGGCAGGCAACGUCAGAGAUUUGCAGCGCCAUGUUCGCACCCUCGAGGAAGAACAGAAACAGCAGGAGAAGGAAAUGAAGAGCCUAAAGCAGUCCAACCAGGAAAUGGAGGCCACACUGGAAAGACCCACCUAACCCACCUAACCCACCCACCUAACCUAACCCACCUAAUCCACUUAACCCAACCCAACCCAACCCCACCUAACCCAACCCCACCUAACCUAACCCCACCUAACCUAACCCACCUAACCGCUUGGCUGACGGGUGGACGUGUAUCUGUUGAGCUCCGAGAGAGAACACAAAAACAGCUAAAAAGUGAGUUAAAAGUGCAUUUGGAAUUGUUCCAAAAGGUGCCCCAGGCGUCCGAAGCUCCCGGGCACAAGUGGAGGCCCAACAAGAAGCGAUGGAAGGGGCUGGGGGGGCCGAGAGAAAGCGACCUGAAAAUGGCCACGGCAGGAAAAACCGGCUGCAAAAGCGAAAGUGCCCAGCCGACGUUGAAGCAAACUGGCCAAAAAAUGGAAUUUAAAUGCAUUUUGAAAGACAUAAAAGAGACACCCGGGGAGGGGGAACGUCCCUGGGGGCGGCGGCAGGGAAACCCCAGGGGUGACCCCCAGGAAGGCGAUGGCGACGCUGGCGAAGGGCGCAGAGCGAGGGAUAAGGAGCCGGGAGGAAAAAAUCCAAAGCGGAGCGUUUCCAAACGCUCCGCAGAGACCAAGAGGGGAUUCAAACGAACGGAGGGGUGAAGCGAAACAACUCCCAGGGAGGCAUCAGCUCGGGGGACCCCCCAGGACAUCGCUGAGAAGCCAGGCUGAGUAGCGGUGCUGCGGCCGGGGCUGGAGGUUGGCAACCGAGGGGCCUGGGAAGAGAAACAAGGCGCAGGCAAAACAACAGGUGGCUUUGCCAAAACUUCGGAGAGUGCCCAG